AUGCACGAAAUCAUCACCCUACAACUAGGGCACCAAGCUAACUACUUAGGAACCCACUUCUGGAACACUCAAGAAUCAUAUUUCACAUACACUGAAGAUGCAACUCCCAGUCCCAUUGAUCACGACGUACACUUUCGCCCGGGUAUCGGAGUCGGUGGGGUGGAAACAUAUACACCAAGGGCCCUGAUUUACGAUCUAAAGGGAGGAUUUGGGUCCAUGCGAAGGAUAAAUGCUCUUUAUGAUCAAAUGGAGGAAACUGCAGGGGGAAUCCCUCAGGGACUAUGGGAUCGUGGGACCACUAUACAAAGAGAGACCCCCAUCGAACCAAUUGAAUACCAGAGAAACCUCGAAGCUGGACUUCCGGUUCCCGAGCUAGACACGCCAUCAAUCCGCUACUGGAGUGACUUUAAUAGAGUAUAUUACCACCCACGAUCAUCUAUUCAAAUCAAUGAGUAUGAGCUCGAUUCAAAGGUUGUACCUUUCAACGGAUUCGGCCUAGGAAAGGCUCUUUUCCAUGAUUUGCACAUGGAGCAUGACUUGAUCGAUAGGGACUUCAGGUUAUUUGCAGAGGAGUGCGACCAAAUGCAGGGCAUACAAAUCAUGACUUCUACCGAUGAUGCUUGGGGUGGAUUUGCCUCAGAAUAUGUUGCUGCUCUAAGAGACGAGUACUCCAAAGCCUCCAUAGUGACUUGGGGAUUGGAAGGUAGAGAUAAGGUUCCCAGGGAACAAGAGAUCAAGCGAACAGUUGAUCUCGCGUACUCUCUAUCAGGGAUAGUCCCUCUGACAUCUCUUUAUAUCCCUCUUCGAAGCCCUCCCCCCCACAUUCCACCUUAUCUCACAAUGGACAAUUCCUCAAAAUGGCAUGUGAGCGGGUUAUUAUCAGUAGCACUUGAGACCUGCAUUUUACCUACUCGUAUUCGGGAUAGCGAUAGCUCUGGUAGAUUGGGGAGUUUGGGUGAUAUGGCUGCUCUACUCAAUGUCAGCGGGAGUCAGAAGAUUGCCAACCUUACCAUGUCUAUCCACAAUAUGGAAGAGAAAAAAUCGGACGGUACACCGUUGCCACCAGCAUCCAGCUCGCUGCGGGACUCGGCAUCCAAGAUUGAACUCUCUUGGGAUUCGAGUAACACUAGGAUUAGAGGGAAAAAAAUCGAUGAUGGACACGUCUUUGCAGAAGCGGAAGUUAUGAGAGGAUUCAAUGAGAAGCAGGUUAUGGAAGAGACGGCAGCUGCUUCUCGGACAGUUGGAUUGGCACAUGAUCGGCGUGACGCUAUUCUCGGAAGUUAUCUCACGCAGUUUACAUACCCAAUAAUCGACAGUUUCCCCGCCAUCUUUUCUUCGCGUGUCCUUGACAGCUCAGUCCUUGACAGGCCUUGCGUCGGCAGGAUUAGCACUAAACUCACAACAUCAUCUAAAACAAUCUCGCGAUUGAAGAAUGUCAAAGAUCUCGUAUCACAAGUAGUUAGUGUUGAUGAAAGAGAAGCUCUUUUAAACGAUUUAGGGGAAUUUGCGGAAGCUUAUGAGGAGGGAUACAACAGUGGGUCUGACGAUGACGACGAUUAG